UGUGUCGAAGUAGAGUCGUUUUGUGCUCCUUGUUGUCAUGGCGAAGAACUGGAAAUAACGCAACAUGCGCAAUAAAAAAAAUAACAAAAAGAUGCAAUGAUGCCUCUUAUUGACCUCUCCAUCAUAUUAUUAUUUAACUUCCAUCUGACUCGUGUGAUUCUGACGGACAUACCAAACUUGGGACAAGAUAAGCCGAGACGUUUCCUGAACGGAGAUACAAUUCCUAUUCAACUUCAGCAUCCAGCCGAUCAGAACUUUACCGUAUUAUUUCUACAAGAAACCAAAGAUGUUCUAUAUUUGGGAGGCACUGAUAUUGUGCUAAAGAUUGAUGUGGAUAGUAAUUAUGUUAUGGAGACAUUUCAAUUGAAUAAAUCAGCCAAUGAGGUGUGUUCACAGGGACCCUGCAGAAAUGUCAUUACUGUCAUCCAAGAAUUUCAAGAUAGCUUGUUUGUUUGUGGAACCAACGGAUACAAGCCACAGUGUUGGAAACUGUAUUCCCAGGUGGGCAAUCGGUCAAGUGAAAUAGUAGAGAGCUACGAUGGAACAGGGAUUUCACCAUAUGUUUAUACACAGAACCGGCUCUCCCUGACAGUAGAGGGGGACUUAUACGCAGCGGCCCCUUUGGAAUACGAUGGUAGUUCUCUGCAGUUCAGAAGAAAAGCCGGCAGUAGAACUAACGUAUGGAUGUAUGACAACUGGGUGUCAGAGCCCACCUUUGUUGCCGCAUCCUGGGUGAGGCGGAACGAAGACCGAGACGAUGAGAAGAUUUACAUUUUUUUCCGGGAAAAGAAUUCGGACAGCAGUCCCGAAGCGGACCCUUGGGUCACGAGGGUAGCCAGAGUUUGCAAGGUGGAUGAAGGCGGCUCAAAGAGAUUCUUCCAGAACACGUGGACGUCUUUCCUGAAGGCUCGGCUGGUGUGUGGCUAUCGAAAGGAGUCGCUCUACUUCAACCACCUCCUAGACGUGUAUGUGUUGCACGCAGACAACUGGCGUGACAGCAGGGUCUAUGCACUCUUCACAAGCAGCUGGAAUUCUACAGCAGUUUGUGUAUAUUCGAUGGCAGAUAUUGAUGACGUAUUUGAGAAGUCAAACUUCAAGGGUUAUGAAGGAGACAUUCCCAACCCAAGGCCAGGAACUUGUGUAAAAAACAGCCGGAGCCUACCGUAUGCAACGUUAAACGUGGUGAAGGACCACUCGGAAAUGAGCGAUUGGCUCCACUCCUCCAUACACCCACUGGCUCCCUUCUACGUCAGCAGCUACAACUACACAAAGCUGGCCGUGGACCGCGUGAGAGCCGCCGACCAGCGCACAUACAACGUUCUGCUUCUGGCCACCGACACCGGUAAAAUCCAUAAGUGCUUAGAGCUUGGUUCGGAUACUUUCAUCAUUUCAGAAACCCAUCUCUCCAACCACUCAUCCGUUCAGUCAAUGAUACUUUCCUCCAAGAAGAAAAAGCUGAUAGUAAGUUUUGCAGAGGAGGUCUUUAUCCUUGACCUCCCACAGUGUCACCACUACAACAGCUCCUGUGCAGAGUGUGUCCUCUCCAGGGACCCCUACUGCGCUUGGACUCAGAAUGGAUGCACAUCAACCAUCAUGGGGGGUAUUCAAAAUAUAAUUGAGCAAACAACGGGUGUUUGUACAGCAGCGUUUGAUGAGCCAAAGACCCUCCACGAGAACAGACAGGAAACGGUGCGCGCCACCCAAGCAGUCUCCAGGGCGGCCCACGUGGUCCCGCUGGGCGUUCCCUUCUUCCUGUCUUGCCCAAUAGACUCGUACCACGCCACCUACGUGUGGAAGCACGUAGGUGGCGACACCAGCUCCUGUCAGCAGAUAGGGUCCCAAUGCCUGCACCUCAUCCCGGCCCUGAAGUCCGGCAGCUACGGCCGCCACCAGUGCUUCUCCCAGGAGCGAGGCCACACCAGACUGGUGGCAGAAUACCUGCUCACCAUGCCACCCACGCCGGACCCCAGAAACCACAGUGAACGCAUUCCUGUGUGGUGUGUCGAUUGGGUCGUCCUGGGUGCAGCCACUGCGGUGGUUGUUGCAUGGCUUGGCGAUUAGGAGGGGCCGCAGAAUAGCAACGCAAUCGCUUGGUUGGAUCGCUUCACUUCUAACAAGCCGUGCACACUCAUUAGAGGUGGCUGUCUGGGAAUGCGGGAUCAAGCUGUUUAGUGUCUUGCCACACACUUUAAGGUCAGAGAGAGAGAGAGAGAGAGAGAGAGAGAGAGAGAGAGAGAGAGAGAGAGAGCACUUUACAUUGUUGUUAUUAAUAGAGAAAUAUCAAAGAGUGUGUGUGGUGCAUGCGUGUAUGCAAUAAUAUGAGAAUAACUUAUUUACUUGGUCGUCUUUUGGAAACAAGGUUAAAAAAGGGCUUCCCAAGAUCUUUUUUUCUUUAUAACAUUCUCAGGCAAGUCAUUCCAGAGCUGGAUGAAUUUUCCUAAGGACAACAUGCAUUUUGUAUGACCUUUUUUGAAUUCCCAAUUGGCUGAUUGUGUUUUCCCUGCUACUCUUUAAUCUUAAAAGCCCACUGCCUAUGAUACAAUCUUUGUGGUCCGUUGAGGUUGAGAACAGGAUUCAGAUCUUUGACUUAAUUGGCUUUCAACCCAGCCCUGUCUGUAUUUUUCACAGAAUAGUAAAUACCAGUUAAUGAAAACAUCCAAACAUUCAUUCUCGUUCUAAAUUUUAACUCUGAACAUGCUUUAAAAUGAAUUAAUCAUUUAUCUGUAAAUUAUACUAUAUUUAGUUUAUUAUAUUUUAGUUUAUUUAUUAGCAAACGAUGAGCAUCAAACGGCUUUAUGUGGAUAGCCUACUCCAACCUCAUUGCUGAUCGAUAUGUUACCCUUUAUUCGUAUAUAAAUUAUUGAUUGCAUUUUUAGUAAAUAGUUGGAAGGAAUCUGUUUCUUAAGCAAUAACAUUGAACUGUAUUUUUUUCUAGGCCUUCAUAGAUUUACUAUGUUGUUGGUGUUAUAGGCCUAUGUUGUAUGGAGCAAUCUUUCAUAUUUAUGAAGUUAACUUACACUUCCA